CCCCAGGGGCGACCAGUGGCGGAUUUCGGGCGUGCAGCCGGACAAGCCGGAAGUCGCACCGUCUCCUCGCUCCUCGCUGCACGGGCGGAAACUCAGCCCUGGCAGAGAGGUUCCGGUGUUAGUCUGGUCCAGCGGCGGCAGAAUGGACGCCGGCAGCGAGGCCGGGGAGCCGGGCCGCCGCCCGACGCUGGCCGCCUCCUGGGAUGCCGCCGGCGGAGUCCUGACCCAGAGCCUCGUCCUCCUGCGGGCUGGCGUGGACGCCCGGGACCCGGACUGGGAGGAGCUGCUGGCGCCGCCGGCUCCGGGCCAGGGUCUGGUGCGUUUGGAGAGGAGCCAGUGCAGCCAGGACGAGGCCCCCUGCUUCCUGUACCUGCUGUGUGACCCUGAGGGAGGGGACGCCGUGGCAGCCGUCGGCGUCGUGAGCUCAGCGAGAAACAUGGAGGUGUACCUGGGCCAGGAGUACUGUGGAACCAGCAGGGGCGAGAGCGUCGGUUCCGUCCCGAGGGGCAGCGAACAAGAAAUUGUUUUCUACAAAAAAUACUUAAAAUUGGAAUCAUCAGCUCGUGCUUGUAAAAUAAAGUUGCUGUCGUUGGGUGAGAAGCAGUGUGUGUUCCUCAGUAGAGUUGUGGUGCACGUGAGGUCGGUUCCGGCAAAUUCCUCCACACGCUCUCCUGCUCUGGGGUCCAGGAUAGACCUGGACAAGGUCCAAACCAUGAUGCGGUCCAUGGGCUCCAAGUUAUCGCCGGGUGCCCAGCAGCUGAUGGAUAUGGUUCGGUUUCAGCAGCAGAACCGGAUUCCCGUGGGGGAGCAGCUGCAGGCGGUCCUGGGGAGCCCUGGGUACCAGCAUCUGGGCGCGCUGCAGUCCCCAGCGCCCGCGGGAGCCCCCGCCAAGUCAGCGUGCACACCUGUGCCUGUCGGGACUGCACUGGCGCCCGGUGACACCGCGGGAAGCGCACAGGUGCAUGGUGGAGAAAACGCGGCAGCCCUGGACGGGUGCAGAACGGAGCCCCAGACCUGCUCCGCCCUCGCAAGUGAGCUGAGAACUGCAGUGUCAGAGAAGGCAGGCGACGAGCCCAGCGUGCUGCCCUUCCUGCAGACCCUGUGUGGCCAGCUCAGCCGUGUCCGCGUGGCCGGAGCCGCCGAGCGCCGGGAGGGCCGAGCGCCACUUGCAAUGGAAACACAGCCUGUUUGCUCCUACUUGGAGAAGAUUCUUUCCAAAAACAUGGAGCUGAUGGAAAAGAAACUCAUGGACUACAUUGAUGAGCGGGUGCGCAGACUGCAGGAGCACGUGGACCGCCAGCUGGCCGUGGUGGUGGAGCUGCUGCAGAGCCCCAGCGCCCCGCCCGCCCGGCUGCCUCUGCCGCGCUGCGACUCUGGGGAGAGACUUUCCAAUGGAGAGCGAUGAGCGCUGCCCUACACGCCGUGUCCCGGGGGUAUUUAUUGCGUAUUUAUUGCAAAGCCAGACCCAGCGCCCUGAGAGGCAGGUGUUCAGAGUCCUCUGAAGGAUCGCCGUCUUGCCUAACGUGACCUCAGUGUCCAUCUGCGCCGCGCCCGUCACUGCAAAUCCAGUUGUGUACACCAGGAGUUCACACGAUGCGGUCAUGAAGGAGGUUUGUGUGCGGUAUUUCUCACUCUUACAGGAAUUUAUACAUGCCUCUGAUGUUUAAGUGUUCAAAGUGUCUACAAGACUGCCGAUGCAAAACUUUAGUUUGUAUUGUAUGUUUGAUUGAAGUACUAUUUUAAUUUAUACGAAGACUUUAUUUUAGAUUUUGAGAGUAUGAAAAGAAUACUUAAGAAUGUCUGUCAGUAUUUUUUUUCCCAUUUGAUUGUUCUUGGAAAAUUGAGUACCUGGACCUGGAACCCUUCAUUUCAGACAUUAACUUCUUAUAUUGCUCUUUUCAUUUAAAAAAUGAGAUGUUUUGCUUGUGUGAAAUUAGUGUCUAUGGAGGCCCUCAUGUGACAUUGGAGUAGCAGGAAAGUGAAAGUCGCACUGGCCUGUUCCUUGUUAGGAUUGUAGCUUUGGACGUGUGUUUACUAAAUACCCCUUUCUGAGCCGGCGGGUUCCCCUGUCCCUUUCUGGGCUGGUUCAGCGCCUGGCAGGCUGGAGCCCUCCGCUGAGGGACAGAGGCUGUGAGUCGGGAGAUCGGGGUUCCCUGUCAGGGUUCACGUGCAGAGCUUACAGCUGCCGUGUGUGUGGAAGGGUGAUGUAUUUUGCAUCUAUAAAUAAAAACAUGUACUCUGGAAACUA